AUGGCUUCCGCCCUCAGAUCCUUGAAAGAGACCUUUGCAGCGAAGAUUCCCGGCGAGGUUGAGAAGAUCAAGAAGCUCAAAAAAGAAUACGGCGGGAAAGUCGUCGGCGAAGUCACUCUUGAUCAGGUCUACGGUGGCGCUCGAGGCAUCAAGUCCCUUGUAUGGGAGGGAUCGGUCCUGGACGCAAAUGAGGGCAUCCGUUUCCGCGGCAAGACUAUCCCAGAAUGCCAGCAAUUGCUGCCAAAAGCACCCGGCGGCGAGGAGCCGCUGCCAGAAGGUCUCUUCUGGCUUCUCCUGACCGGCGAGGUUCCCUCCGAGCAGCAAGUCCGUGACCUUUCCGCAGAGUGGGCCGCUCGCUCCGAUGUGCCGAAGUUUAUCGAGGAGCUCAUUGACCGCUGCCCGAACGACCUCCACCCGAUGGCUCAGUUUUCGCUCGCAGUCACCGCGCUUGAGCACGAGUCGAACUUCGCCAAGGCAUAUGCUAAGGGAAUGAAGAAGGCUCAGUACUGGGAGCACACCUUCGAGGACUCGAUGGACGUCAUUGCGAAGCUCCCAACGAUUGCCGCAAGAAUCUAUCGCAAUGUGUACAAGGACGGCAAGGUUGCUCCUGUCGAGAAGGACAAGGACUACGGCUACAACUUGGCCAACCAGCUCGGCUUUGCGGAGAACAGCGAUUUUGUUGAGCUGAUGCGACUUUACCUUACGAUCCACUCCGACCAUGAGGGCGGAAACGUUAGCGCCCACACAACCCAUCUCGUUGGCUCCGCUCUCAGCUCUCCUAUGCUGUCGCUGGCUGCUGGCUUGAACGGCCUAGCCGGCCCCCUACACGGCCUCGCCAACCAGGAGGUGCUCAACUGGCUCCAGAAGAUGAAGAAGGCUGUUGGCAACGACUUGAGCGACGACGCCAUCAAGGACUACCUGUGGUCAACGCUCAAGGCCGGACAAGUCGUGCCCGGCUACGGCCACGCUGUGCUGCGCAAGACCGAUCCCCGCUACGUCUCUCAGCGCGAGUUCGCCCAGAAGCAUCUUCCGGACGACCCAAUGUUCAAGCUCGUCAGCCAAGUUUACAAGAUCGCGCCUGGUGUCCUCACGGAGCACGGCAAGACGAAGAACCCGUAUCCCAAUGUUGAUGCGCACUCUGGUGUCCUCCUGCAAUACUACGGCCUCACCGAACAGAACUUCUACACCGUCCUCUUCGGCGUUUCCCGCGCGCUUGGUGUCCUUCCUCAGCUCAUCAUUGACCGGGCUGUCGGCGCGCCUAUUGAGCGGCCCAAGUCUUUCAGCACUGACGCCUAUGCUAAGUUGGUUGGCGCAACGUUGUAA